GACUACACCAGCCACACACACAACCAUAAAUGCAACUAUGACGACACCAGCCACACACACAAGCAGCAGCACUACUAUGACUACACCAGUCACAAACACAAGCAGCAGCACAAUUGUGACUACACCAGUCACACAGACAACCAACAAUGUAACUAUGACUAGACCAGCAACACACACAACAACAAUUACAGCCACUACACAGCAGGGCAAUAUGACCACAGCUCCAUCUCCAGCAACCACACAAUCCAGCACCAGCACAACAACUACAAGUCCAGUAACACCAGAAAGCUCUACAGCUGUAGUUAACAUAACUACACCCGCAAACUCUACUCACACCUCUCCUGAGACUCCCGCAUCCACUAGCACAACCUCGUCCUCCAUCACUAGCAGCAAUGCAACAGUAACAGUCGGACCCCCACCCUCUUCACCUACUUCCAUCUCCAGCUCUGUCCCUCCAAACACCUCCCCAGGCAGUAGCACCGUACUCCCCAGUGGAAAUACCACCACCCUUAGUCCCUCAACAACAACCCCAGGAGUGACCAACCACACGACAGAAGUCACCACUUUGACUCCUUCAACUACACCGACUAGAGGAAACACAACAGCCUCCCCCACCACCGCCCCCUCCAUCACCAACACCACGGCUGUCACCACCGCUGUCACCACCGCUGUCACCACCCUGCGACCAACUGAGAUCACCACCAACCCAAACUCCACCACAUCAGCACCACCCAUCCCCACCCUGGGUCCAGUCAUUGUGUGCCCCGCUCUCCCGUGCCCACUUGAUAGUGUGUGUCUUAAUCACACUUGCCAGUGUCUCUCCGGUAGCUUUCUGCAGGACAACCGCUGCAUCCCAGCCCAAGUGUUUCCAGGCCAGCUUCAUUUCAUGUCCUUGACAUUUCAACCUGAAAUGUAUGACAGGUCCUCUUCAAUAUUCAAGGAAACGGCGGGUAACAUCUCAGCAGUGCUCGGAGAGAUCCUGGGAACUCAGACCGGGUAUAUACGAUCUGAUGUGGUGGAGCUUCAAAAUGGAAGCGUGCAAGCAUCUGUGAAUAACAUCUUUAAAAACACCAGUUCCACUCAAGAGUCUGUCAAUAAAGCUAUUGACAAAGCUAUCGAAUCAGGAAACUCCAAUGGAUUUUUUACUAAUGUGACAUUCGUAGGCAUAGACCUGUGUAAGCAGAUUCCAUUUCCGUGUGAUGACUCCACUGCAAAUUGCAGGAAUGAAAAUGGCCAGGCUUUUUGUUCCUGUCAAUCUGGCUUUGUCUCCAUCGUGUACUCAAACACCAGCUGCAGAGCUUGUCCGAGUGGGGAGAGGGUAGUGGACGACAAGUGUGAAGCAUGCCCAUUUGGAUACUCUGGCUUCAACUGCAAUGACUCUUCUCUGCUAGCAGUGGUGGUCAUCUCCUGUGUACUCGGAGGAAUUCUUCUCAUCAUGGUCCUGGCUUUGAUCAUAUUCUUCUGCUGGAGGAGAUGCUCGGACAGCAAAGCAGACUACAGCAGUAGUCCAUACUCAUCAAACGUUGAAUCAAACAUGCCCUGGCCUGUUGGCGUCACACCCAUCCCACGUGCCAACACGAACUGGGAUGCAACUCCUGCCAUGGAGAUGACAGAAGGGGGCAGCAAUCGAGCCCCGGUGGACACAAAUCCUCAUAGGAACGGAGGGUCAGGAUCAUACGAUCUCAACCCUGAACCAUUAAGGACCUUCAAAGGUAAACAUACCUCCCAUUACUCGUCCAUGUUUCCUACUGGCCACGAGAACCCCUACUUCAUACCUGGCGAUGGGAAGAACAACUGAAAAAACAUCUGUCCAGCUGGGAGGGAAAUCCUUUUAGUGAGAAUGAGUGAGAAACAUUGGAUCAAGAAGUGACUGAUUUCAAACCGCGGGACGACAGGCACAUUUCUCCCUCAGGUUAUUUAUUCUUUUUUUAACUUGCUUGUUUUAAUGACAAAUCACAAAGAACACUUCUUACCUGGGAAACAGCCACCAAAGAGAUUCAUUCAUGAGGAAGAACAAUUUUUUUUAAAUGAGAAUGUGUGCAUCAUGUCUGAUCUUGCUGGUUAUAACCAGUAGAUGUCGCUGUUGCUUAAUAUAAUAUAGAUAAUUUGUUCUUUCAAGGUACAUUAGACUUUUUUGUGCUUUAAAGAAAUCAUUGAGUAGUCUUUUAAAAAUGAAGCUUAAUAUAUUGCUAAUUGCACUGAAGUGUGUUUUAAGUUUACUACAAGUUUUCCUCUGAAAUCAACAGUAAAUCAGAAUGUGAGUUUUCUGGGGUUUGUAGAUAUUAUGAUUAUUUCUCAGAAAAUGAAUCUUGAAUGACUAAGGGGCUGGAUCCCUGGUUGGGGUUAUAUAUUUGAAUGGAUUUAUAUUGUAGCUGUCUAAAGCUGAAAGCUUUCUGUUUUUAUUGAAGCUGCCCUUGCAAAACGUGCCUAUCUUUAUGAUCUGUUGGACAAAUAGGAAGCAUUAUGCAAAGCCGAUGAUAAAGUCUGCCUCCUGGAUGUGCCAAUAAUCACAUGUAUACAUUUUUCUUGAAAAAUCCUAUAUAUAUAUAUAUUUAUCCUUUUGUGUCUGAGACAGUGCACUAUUUUAUAAGUGUGAAAAGU